UGGUUCAGUCGUCGUCGAACGACGCUGUAACGUUUUCGGGGCCCGCGCUAGCCGUCCAAUGGGCCAUGACCGUAGGGGCCUUGUUUUGUUUUAUCGAUACGGCUUCAGGGUUUUGUUUACUCGGGGGUCGUACGCGGCGAGUGCCUGAAGUGUGCCUAAUUUCCUAGUUCUCUAAACGAUGUUUCUGUGAGCUUCAUAUUAUGCAGAAUUACUAUACCGAGUGCCUAAUGCAGAAUGCAGGACAGUAUGGCCCUGGAGCUGCCGGCGCCCACCACCCACCGCCGUUCGUACCAUCGGAACCGUCGCCCACCGGUGGAUCGACGACAAGCUCCUUGCGGCAGUUCAGGAAGAAAGAUGUAGAAAAACCGAACCUGGAGAAGCAAGUGUCGGAGGCGCAUGUCGCCAGAGUGGCACCCCACAACCACUAUCCACCGGCACCCAACGACUGCUACCGAUACCAGCCGCAUCAGUUUCAGGAGUACGGCUCCCAAAUGAAAUAUCCUGAUCUGGCCGACGGCCACCAUCAGCAAUCGAGUCCCAUAUCGACGUCUGUGAUACAAAAGCCUAAACCCAAAGAAUAUAUGGAGAUGUGCAACCCGCAACAGCCCCACAUGAAGCAAGUGUAUCCCGAACACCACCUGGCCGGCAAUCAAAACUAUUCACCUGAAAAUGCUCAGUUCUUACACAAGGAACCGCCAGCUCAGAUGCACCCGGGCGGCUACAAACCCGAAUCUCAAUAUUAUCCCAAAGAGGCGCAGCAGUUUCAUCCGAUGGCGGCACACCACGCCGCCCAAAAGUACAACCAAAUGAUCCCCCAGAACGUUCGUAAGUAUCCGUUGGCCGAAAACCCGUUCCUCUCCAAGCUGAGCAAGAUCCAGCCAACGAUGGCGCGAUCUAUAAUGACCGAGCACCAACUGCAAGAUACCCAGGCGGCGUAUUCGGUGGAUCAGAGAGGCGCGUAUCAGCAGAGCCAAAGGUACUACCCCGGGCCCAUCCAUUCCCAGGUGCCGUACGCGAAUCACAACCAGUACCAGAUGAAUUCUCCUCACGCGUACCCGGCCAACUAUAAUUCGUCCUGCAAUUACGGCAGACCUUCGCAGAUGGGCUCCGUUUCACCCGCUUCGUCGAGGUAUGUUCACAUGGAGAGGAGCAUGUCGCCCACUAGACGACCUUACUCGGAAAACCUAUCCCACCUGGCGUUGAAUUAUCAGGGCAUUCCGCAGAGGAUGGCCGCGGGCUAUCCUCAGUACAAUGCCCCCGAGUACGCGCAGCACUAUCAGCACCGAAGAGUGCACCACCAGGACUUCUUUCAGCAGCACCUGCGUCCCGCACAGUACAUCCCCGGCCAUCAGAUGCCGACGCAGGACAUACCGGAAAUUCAGGAGAGCGGGGUGUGCCCUUCGGAGAGUCUUAAGAAGUUUAUAGAGAAUUGGGGCACCGAGGAGGACGCGAGCGACAUGGGCUCGUUGGAGAAUACCAUGAGCGCCAAGGACAGACUCAGGGAGGAACCGCCAGCCGGGACUGUUUACUUCGUCAACCCUUCGGAUGUGCCAUAUUUCCAAAACUUGGUCACGUCCGAGAACGCGAUGCCGCUGAUACAGGAACAUUGUCAGUAUAUUAUUAAAAACAGCGUCAGUAUCGAUAACGGGGUGGUGCGGAUUAUAGAGGCGAACAAGGAGGGAGUUGUUGACACCAAUACUCAAGAUCGAGUGGUCAACCUUCAUAUUAUAGACUCGGCCAAACCGGAUUGUAUGCUGGCCAGCAAUUCAACUCUGUGCGAAAAAGAACCAGAGAGGAAGGUGGUCAUUCACCAAAACACCAUCAUUCAAUCUGGGAGCAAUCCCUUGUGUAGGGAGGACUUUAUAGAAAGGAUUCCGCCGAUUUCGGAGACGAUUGAGGCGCAGGCACCGGUCACGGAAAGUCCCUUAAGUACCAAAGAGCUGGUGGACAAGAACUGUUCGCCCAUCAACCUCGAUCAGCUGCAGGAUCACGUAGAAGACGUGCCUAUGGACGUUCUUAACGAUAAGCUUGACCAAAACAAGAGUCCCAGCGGAUUUAAAAACAUGCCUAUCAUCGAUGUUUUCGCGGAAAUGGAGACCGAGACCAAAGAUGCUAGUCCAAGCCCCACCGACGUUGAGGAAGGUAACGCCCUUCCCGGUGCUGCUAGUGCGAUACCCACGGAGGAUGAACGCAACAUCUCAACAGCAGAGGAAACUGAGGAAUCCCCUGAAGAAGUUACUGAUGCAAACUCCCAAGAUGAUCAAGAUAAAGCGAUAAAUGAAAGUGAUUUAAGAUCGGAAGAAGAGCUAUUAUCACCGUCUUGUGAUGUACCCAAUUGUAGUCAGUCGGAGUCGGGAGCUGCAGAAGACGUAGAACCAAUCCACGAAGAAGACGAAGAAGGGGAAGACAGUAUCGAAUCUAAAGAAGAGGAAACGACGAGAGAGGAAGUUUCACAAGAAUCGGAGGAACCGACACCAGACGAGUCGGACGGAGCUCCGCCUCCGAAAAAAAGGACGGGAAUAUUCUCAAUCGAAGACAUCAUGCAUAACUCAGGCAGUAACGCCAUCAGUAACCGGACCACGAAAGAAAUCGAGAACUUGUACCGCUUGCUUCGCGUGAGGUCGUUUAUUCAGAAGGAGAUAAACUUCUCGUCGGGGGAACAGGGCUGCGAGAUCUAUGAAAAACUCCUUGAAAUUAAAUUGAAAAAGGAAAAGAUCGAAAAGGAGCUCGAGACCGAAUUAGUUGACGAUGCUCAUAAGGGUUCUGGGAUGGAUGAUACCGAUACCGAAAUGGAUGAGGCGACAGGUAGCGAAGGAAAAGAGAGGGACGUAAGUAGACCUCCAUCAUGUGACGCAGUGAUUCAAGAAACUGAUAGUGACGUAAUAGCGGAUAACUCCUUGGCUAAUAAGGAUACAACCCAAGUGGAAGAAAAUAAUGUGGAUUUGGAUAAGUCUAAUGGUGACAAGGAAAGUGGCACCUCUGAAGGAGAUACCAACCAAGCCGAGGAAAUGUGCGCAAAGGUUCGUGAUAGUGAACGAAUUUCAGAAAAGGAAGCGGAACCUAUGGAAAAGAUCCGAUCUGAAGUCCUGGAGGUGACAGAAACGCAGAAAGAUUCGGGUCACGUCUUUGCGAAGCCAGACGACGCUGGCACGCGGGCAUCCACUCCCAGCGACGUACAGUACAGGAGUAUAAUUCGAAUCGAGGAGAGCUCGGUUCUGGUCCAGAUAGCCGGAGAACUGAUGGAAAUCAACGUCAACGCCGUGAACGGGAAAAAGACCAUCACAGUGGUGCCGUUGUCGGAGUCUACCGUGGUCGAUUAUAACGACAACUACGAAGUAUCUGCUAACAUUGAGGCCGUAGAUGUCGUCAGUGAAGAGCCCAAAUCCCCGCUGAAUAGAAAACAGACGCAAGGUGCUAUGCAACAGCUAGAUAAAUCUUCGGAGAUGCCCGAACGGAAGGCUAACUUAGUAGACAGCGUUGUCGAGACUCGCGAUCAGCAAGAGCUGGAAGCGUUAGACGAAAACGACGCUGAGCUCGAUUCCCACGAAGAAUUCGAGAGCGCCCUUGAUGAUGAGACUUUGAUCCCGUUGGAGCCUUCCAACGAGGUGAUAGUGGCGGAUCCAUUGGACGUGGUAGGGUUAUUCGAUACGACAGAAGACUCCAAGGUAGAACCCCCUUUGAAAUCCGAGGAACUCGAUAGCCUGGUCGAUUCGUCAAUGGAGGAGAUCGCUUCCGCCAAGUUUCUCGAAGAACGGGAAAAUUUCAAAGAGCUCCUAAUAGACGGCCACGAAGACGACCCUCGCCGGGCUGACGCGACGCAUCAAGUCUCCGAAUCGGUAAAAUCGAGCGAUGACUCGAACGUGAAGCCGUUUUUUAACGUGCCGCCCAAAAGGGUUUACGGGUCAAAAACGGAGGUCAUGAUUUUGUCCCCUACAUCUACGAAUUGCGAGGAGCGACACUCGUCGGAAGAAGUGAAACCUAGACGGUACAGCAGCGGAAACGAGUGCUCAACGCCUACGCUAUUCACCAAAGCGGCAAUGAAGCUUUACGACAACGACUUGCAGAUACCUUCGGUGACCACUAGCGGGCACGUGGAGAAAGAUAAUGCCGUCGGGGAAAAAGAAUCGGAACCGGACGCGAAGGCAUCGCCCCAACCGCAAACCAAAGCGGCUCAAAAUGAUGGGAUCAACGUAAAAAGAUCCAAGAGGAUAAACGAAAAGGAGCAAGUGAAGCAAGAGCAUGAGGAGUUGAGCAGAAAACUGGCGGCGAAGAGGAAGGAGAAAAUGCCGGGCAGGCAGAGCUCCGCAGGGGGAAUGAAAGAAGACGAGGGCCAGGACGACGAGUAUGCCGAUUUCAAGGAACUAUUGAAAGCGAGAAAGCUGAAGAGACAGAGGAGAAAGGAGGAAGAGUUGAAGCGGCGGCAUGAGGUCGACAACAACAACGGCCACGAGGAGCGUGACAGUUCUCGCUGUAUCGGGUGCGAGGUUUCCGUAAAACAGCUCCAGACCGAAAAGCCGAAAGACUCGAGGAACUUUAGAAAGUUCACCGACGAUGUCGACGAACAACCCAAGGAGCAAGUUGAGGAGGGCCAAAUUGUUAAAGAAGAGAAAGCUGCUCGCUCCGAGGAACCUAGCCCAAAAGUACCGCAAGGUACUAAGAAACGCGUAUCGUUUAGUGACGUCGUAGUUCCUCCCACGGGAAUCGGAGACGACGUCCCCAAAGACCCACGACAUAAACCCUCCAUAAUGGUGCCCAGCGUGUCGGAACUCAUUCAGGAGAAUACUACUGCGGCAGGUGCCAAGCGGAAGAUCUCGUUGCAAGAUUAUAACAACAGGAAGCGAAAAUUGAUGGGAACGGAUGACGCAACCAAAGAGAAGAAAGUUAGAAUAGAACCUUCGCGGAGCCUGUCGGUCGAUUCGCCCUCGUCGGUACCGGAGGAGAGAUUCAAGCGGACCAUGAGCUGCGAAUUAGAAGCAGUAGCAAAAUCGUCCGAGUGGGAGGAUUCGACGGAAUCGCCCAAACAUCCCAUAGCCGGUAAACCCAAAGACGAAUGCCUUAUUCGAGACUUCAGCGGCCUUUUGAGUAAUUCUAAAUCGUUAAACCAGAGUCAGCCGUCCAACGACGUAAAGUUGCAGGAGUACAAGGAGACGGUCGACUCGAAGUUGAGCUCGCUCAAUAUCCAAAUCGUGCCGAAGCUAAAACCAAAGGACACCACGCCGUUUGUCUUCGGUACGGUCGAAUCCAGCCUCGUGCGCAGGUUCUUGAACAACGGGAAGAUGACCCAGGGGGAAAUGGAAAAAAUCAAAAAGAUCAUCUCGUACAAGCGCAUGAUCCAGCAUAGCACGGCGAAGACGAAGAGUUCCGCGAAGAAGAAACGGAUCACGGAACCCGUCGACGAUUCGGACACGUGCGAUAGCGACGUCGGUCAGCGUCCCAAGGGCGUGGACUACUCGGUACAGAUGCAGUACAAUAAAUCGGACAAGGACGGCUUGCCCAAGAUCAUUUUUAAGCGGACGAAACAGUCCGAAGACACCAAGCCGGUGGUGGUGCUGGAGAGGCUCGAAAUCGACAGGGUUAAAGAGAAAUUCAACGUCAGCGUGAACGGCUUGUGAUGAAGGGACCAAAUACUGUUUGUUAUUGUUGAGAAAUAGUUUAAAGUUAGUCGUUUUUUUUGCUGUUUGUAUUUAAUUUGAUAGUUUAUUUAUUGUUUGUUUUGGUCGGCGGGGAGGAAGGUUUCCGCCAUUUCCCACUCGUUUUUUUUUUCUAAACAGCGACGCCAUUUUCUAAAGCGGGUUUUUAAAAGGACCAAGAGAUAAUGACAAACGUAGAACUCUUAUUCUACGUUUGAAUUUUGUUUUUGUUUUCGAUCGUUCUAUUUUUUUUUGUAAUUUCCAGCCAGUUGGUGCCAACAAUCUGGACAGGUUUUCCACUAAACGAACUAUGUUUUUUUCGAGUUUUGAUUUGGUUUCCAUCCCUUUAUUUUUCUAAUUUCUAGCUAGUUCUUGCCAAAAACCGAGGCAAUUCUUGUAUAUGAAUUCGCUUGUUAAGUCUAUUUUUAUAGUUGGCAUCUUUUGGGUCCUAUAUAUUUCUUCCACACUCCACUGCUUUCUCAAAAAAUAAUCUACUUUACAUAAACUGCCGAGUAAGAAAUUUAAUAAUUUUUUGUUCACCAGUAGUGUAUAUCUAUUAAAUUGCUCUAGCAUUUCAGGAUAUAUUCCCUAUCUAUAAAAAUACUUUAUUAUACUAUGCUUACCUACCUGUCUGCAAAACAAUUCGUACCCAAAAUAACAAAUCCAAAUGCAGGUCGAGAACAAGAACCAAUUCAAACCUUUUUAUUUUAACGCUAGUGAAAAGUUGCAGUUUAGCCUAAUUCUAAAUGGUUGGUUUUGUUUGUGUUUGGUUACCGCUGACAGUUCGUGAAUUGGACAGUUUUCAGUGUGGCUGUCAAAUGAGUGUACAUCGCUGUUUAAAAAAUGUCGCGAGGUGAACGUCAGUUGUGUGCAAUUUAGCGUGCGACAAUGUCGUAGCUAUGCGGAGACAUUCCUUUUCGACCGCUUUAUUGUUUUGGGUUCGUUUCAUCAAGAAGCCACCGUUUUUUCGUUCAGUUUGUGGGUAAGAUUCGAGCACGUUUUCGUAAAUUUUGUUUACAUUCCGCUAAGAGUUAGAGCAGAGUGAUUUUCGAGGUUAACCGUUGUUUCGAUAGAAUUUAUCUCGGCAAAACGAAACCAGCAUGUUCCUAAGAUAUUAAAACGUUUUAAAUUUUUACGGUAGACGUUUAUAGGUGACCAAUGUGUGCGGCUUUUUGAACAUAUGUUGGGUGUUGCAAAAUUUGAAACAUUUAUAGUACAAUUACUUAUAUGAAAUUGAUAUAUUGACGUUUUCGAGAUUCGGUGUAAAAGAUUUUAUAUAAAUGUUAAAUGUGAGCGUGAUUCAACAAAGUCAAAAUAUGAGUCCGAGACGACAACUGCAAUACGUUUUGCGUCGUGAACAUUUCUUCUGCCAAAGAUUGUCUAUGGAAUUGCAGCUCAUAUACAGUAUUAGAGUAAAUUUAUAUUUUGGAAAAACGAUUCAACAGUUUCGGCAUUGACUUCCUACAUUCCCUAGAAAAGGAGCAUAUAUUUUGUAUCUAGUUAUUGUGUAUAUGUUAUUGAUUAUUAUCAUGUAAGGUAUUUUUAGUUCUCAAGGGGUUUAUAAUUGACUACACGCAGGGUUGGUAGAGCAGAUAGAUAACCAAAAAUUUAAAGAGAAUUCUGUUUUUGUUAGCAUUUUAAAAUGAUAGUUACCGAACGCGUAAGAGGUUUUGUUUUCAUUUUGUUUUAAGGUUUUAUAUAUGUGUUAGCGUGUAAUUUCAGAGUGCCUUAGCACACGACUGUUAUUCUAUUAUUACCACUUUUUAUGGUAAGUUUUUGUGUAAAAUUCGGCACCCCAUUAAAGGAAACGUUAAAAAAAA